GUGGCUCGUCACGAGCCGUUUGACCCUGCACCACCACCAACGGUCACCGGUAAAUUCGGGCAAUCUGCGGUUUAACACCGAUAGACAUCGGUACCCGGUACCGGGCGAGGAAGACGGACGUCUCCCCACGAACGUUUUCUUCUGCAGAGGAUCAGUGUCAGCGCCAGCAGCAGUGAUGAGCAGGAUGAGCCGAAGGUCCAGUACAAAGACUCGUGCCUGUUUAGGGCAACAGGGCCACAAACCACGAUUAUCCAGAGCCACUCUACACAGACCUGGAUGGAAGAAAGACGAGGAUGAGAAGCUUUAUAGACUGGUAAAGCAGCUUGGAUCAAACAGCUGGUCUUCAGUUUCUCUGCAUUUCAAAGGUCGGAGGUCAGAUGUCGACUGCCAGCGGAGGUGGCAGGAGAUAAAGAACCCAGAGCUGGUCAAAGGCCCGUGGACUCAGGAGGAAGACGAGAGGGUCAUACAAUUGGUCCAAAAAUAUGGAGUGAAGCACUGGUCGCUCAUCGCAAAACACCUGCAGAGUCGUAAUGGUAAGCAGUGCCGCGAGCGCUGGCACAACCACCUGAAUCCCGAAGUGAAGAAGAGCAGCUGGACUCUGGAGGAGGACUACAUUAUCUGUCAAGCCCACAGGCUGCUGGGAAACCGCUGGGCCGACAUCUCCAAGCUGCUGCCCGGCAGGACUGAUAACUCCAUCAAAAACCACUGGAACUCUACUCUGAAGAGAAAGGUGGAGAAAGAGGGCUACCUGCAAGUUCUACACCUUCACAGCUCCUCCUGCACCUUGUCUACGUCCAUAAACAACUCCAACUCAUCCUCCGACGCCUCCAGACCUGCAUCAAGGGCAUAUGGACUCUCCAUGACAGACAACAUCUCGGAGGUGCACAGUCUCAACAGUGUGAAGGACACGUCCAGCUGCACCUCCAUUGCUCAGAGCAGACUCCACCACAGCCUCUCCCAGCUGUGCUCCCUUUGUGUUCCAAGCACCUUCUCCUUUGCUGAGUCCUCACUCAGCCUGUGUGAGCAGAUGGCGCCGCUGGAGCCGACACAGGUUGCAGAAAUGAAGGAGCAGCUUGCCAGCGGUGAGCCUGGAGCUGCCUUCGUGGAGCCUGGAGCUGCCUUCAUGAAGUCCAGCUCCUCAUGGAGCAGAACCAACCUGGAGGGCUCCCUGGCCUUUUCACCCUCUGAGUUCUUCAGCCUAUUCGGCGUUGAUGAUCUGAAGCUGCAGCAUCCGCCUCUCACCUCCACCCCCGUCUGUUCUCUCAAAAACCCCAACAGCAUCCACAAUCACGCCUGUCUGCAAUGCAGCAACAGUCUCACGAAGCCAGCAGAGGUCAGAGAGAACAAUGCAUCAGUGUGGAAGUCGGCUCCUCAGACACCAACACCUCUGAGGAUGCACAGUCAGGACAAGAUGUGGGUUUGUUCCAGUAGGAACCUGACCCAGGAAGAGCUAAGCCUUCAUCCUGACAGUCAGUCAAGUAGCAGUAGCUCUGAGGUUCAUGGGGAGAGUCUACUGAACUGCAUCUUGCAGGUCCAGACAGAGUCCAGUUCCACCUCACAGGUCCAGGGAGAGUCCAGCUUAGUCCUGCAGCAAGUUCACAAAGAGUCCAGCUCUGUCCUGGGCUGUGAGAACUUUGGCUGUCUCCCAUUGGUGGAGCGGGUUGAGGUGUGGUGGUGUCAGCAGCAGAUCAGCUACCUGCACUCUCCAGAUUGUCCUGCAUAUAGACUGAGCCCCUUUGAGCUGAGCGGCGAGUUACAAGUGUUGAUGUUGGGGAAAACAGAUGAUCAGCUGACUCUGACAGAGCAGGCCCGACUCUACGUGGAGCCUUGAUGGUGACACUGCAGGACCAGGUCCAGAUGAAAGGCUCGGAUGGGACCAGGGGCCUGAGAGGUGCCAAUUUUAACUUCAAAUCAGACAAAGACUCCACUAUUCAGAAGCUUCAGUCUCUGCAUCACAAGUUUCAUAUUUCACAGUUGUUUACUGCAGAGUUGUCAUCAGAUCCAAACUGAUGGUUUUAUUAAUUGAUUGAUUUAGCAGGCAACACAAAACAUCUUCACACUUUUAAUGUAGUUUUAAUUGUAUUUUAGCAAAAAUAUAUCUGUAUUUAUUGUAGUUUUACUGGCUGACCUUCAUAUGUUUUUAUAUUUUUAACAGAACUGCAUUGUUUUGUUUAUGUACUGAUGCUAUUGUUAUUUUCAUGUCUUAAAUAAAUGUCUUGGUUUUACCAGUA